UCGAAACGGUUGGAGAUGAGAUGUGGACGUAUUAUUCAGAGCGGAUAGAUUGUGUAGGAGGACAAUGAUACUAAAACGGCAAUAUUUCUCUGUCCAGAUCAAGGGAAAUUUGGCGAAUCUUUUGCUUGUCUAUGGCUUUCAUUGUGUGUUUUGCUCUUAUAAUCCCAGAUUAACUCUAAAACAAGAUGAUGCUCCUCUUUUAUUCAACAGAAAUUAUAGUCGUACAGUCAUAUUCCAUCAGGAAGGAUCAAAAAGUCUGAUUGUUGGAGGAAUAAAUCAUAUUCUACAUUUUGAUGUAGACAGUCGUAAGAUUGUGGAGAACUUUACUCUGAAUCCAAGAUGUGGUGAGGGCUCCUGUGAAAAUGUAGUGACAGUAAUUGAAAGAUUUGAAAACUACAUAUUUGUAUGUGGAACAAAUGGAGAACAGCCAUGGUGUUGGAAACUGUUCUCCAGAAAAAGCAAUAAUUCCACAGAGGAUGUAGAUGGCACGGGAAUCUCACCUCAUACAGGUUCACAAAACUCCUUGUCCCUACUUGCAGAUGGAGAUCUCUAUGCAGCAGCUCCUUUAUACAGCGAUGGAACCCUGCUGCAGUUUCGCAGAAAAGGUGGAAAACGAACCAGCGUAUGGAUGUAUGAUCAAUGGGUCUCAGAACCCACUUUUAUUUCAAGUUUUCUGGCCCAGCGCCAGAAUGACACAUUGAAUGAGAAGAUAUAUGUCUUAUUCCGUGAGAAAAACUCAGACACGAGUCCAGAAGCUGAUCCUUGGAUAUCUAGAGUAGCCAGAGUGUGUAAGGUCGACGAGGGUGGUCCCAAGCAAUUGCUCCAGAACAUCUGGACCUCCUUUCUGAAGGCACGACUUGUGUGCGGGAUUCCUAGAGAGUCGCUUUAUUUCAACCGCUUACAGGACGUUUUCAUCCAGCAUGCUGAUGACUGGAGGGAUUCACGAGUGUAUGCACUUUUCUCCAGCAGCUGGAACUCUACUGCUGUGUGCAUUUACUCGUUGGCAGAGCUUGAUGAUGUUUUUGAGAAUUCCUCCUUCAAAGGAUAUUCUGAGGCAAUUCCUACCCCAAGACCAGGAACUUGUGUCAAACAAAGCAAUUCCAUUCCGACUUCUACUCUUCAUAUCAUUAAAGACCAUCCAGAGAUGAAGAGAUGGAUUCAACCCAUUCAAAAACAAACACCUUUCUUCACAAGUAAUAAGAACUUUACCAAGAUAGCCGUUGACCGAGUCCAAGGUUCAGAUGACAGCUUGCACAAUGUGCUGCUGCUUGCAACAGACAAUGGAGUAAUCUUAAAGAUACUGGAGGAUGGCUCCAAUGCAUUCAUCAUCUCUGAAACGCAUCUGUGCAAUGGUUCAGCACCUGUACAUUCGAUGAAACUCGACUCUGAGAAGAGGAAGCUGUUUGUAGGAUAUCCCGGGCAGAUUUCCAUCUUAGACCUGCAGAGAUGUGAAGAUUACAAUGCUUCCUGCGAAGAAUGUGUACUUUCUCGUGAUCCAUACUGCGCUUGGACUGAACAAGGCUGCACAUCACAAACUAGAGGAGGAAUACAAAACAUUGCUGAUGGACUCACUAAAGUAUGUCACCAAAAAUCAGGGGGAAGAUUCAGAAGAGAAGUGAAACAGCCACUGACAGCUCCAUUAAGGAUUCAACACUUUGUGCACACUGGUAUUCCCAUAUAUCUCUCUUGUCCUGUCGAUUCUAAUCAUGCCACUUACAAAUGGGAACAUAAUCAAAAGAGCAUCCCAUGUCAGCAGACCCAGUCAGAAUAUCUCCUCCUCAUUCCAGCCAUGACGAAUGGCAUGUAUGGCGAUUACAAAUGUACAUCCCAUGAACUCGAUUACACCAGAACUGUGAGAGAAUACACGGUUGAAUUUAGAAUAGAGAAUGGUGCUUUCAAACUGAGAGCCCAGAACUGGUUAAUGGCCACAUUUGUCACUAGUGCCUUUUAUCUGCGCUCACUUUAAGGUCAAGGUUGUUAUAUAAAAGUCACUGCUUCCAUCUUCAAGCUUUUCUGAUGACCUGUAAGCUGAUUAAAACCAUCAGUCACACAUUGCUAGGCCCCCAGUGUUUGGUCUUCUCAAGUGAAGUUUAUAGGCAAGUAAGCACUGAAGUAAAAGAUAGCAUCCGUCCUAGACAACUCGCAGUUAUAUGCUUGCCAUCUGUUUAGUUGAUGUUUAGUGACAUUGCGGUCCAAAGUCUUUCAUCAUGGACUUUCAUCUUUAGAAACUGGAAAUAUUCUGACAUUUUUAGGGUUUAGAUUUGUUUUAACAAACAAAAGCUCAUAAAGGGAAACGAAGACAAUGUUCAGGGUUGUGUCUAGAGCAUUUUAAAUGGGGGGGCCAGACU